AUGUGGUAUAAGUACCCUUUUGAAGAGCAUAAUGAAAGAAAGAGAUUGAGGUCUGCGGAUUUGAGUUUUAAGAGGAUGUGUGAUGCGGGCAGAUGGACUGGAGUGAUGAAUGUUUUUUUGGUGAACUCAACAGAGCAUCCUAAUGAUAUCGAGUCAUCUGAGCCAUGUGAAGAAGAGAUCCGGGUUGAAAGAAAUGUGGCUUCUUUUGUUGAUGAGGAUGAGGAUUUCGAUUAUCAUAACACACCUCCUAACUCUGAUGGUGAAGAAGAAGAGGAGCAUUUGGUUAGAUACAAACGAGGUAGUGGUCAGCUAGAGAUAGAACAAGUAUUUGAUAGUCUAGAGGAGUUCAGAGAAGCUUUAGUAGCUUAUGCAUUAAAAGAGGGUUGUAACAUAAAGAUAAGUAGAUGGGGGAAAGACAAGUCAGCGGCUGUGUGUGGGACUAAAGAGCCUUGUCCAUGGUAUAUCUAUUGUUCUUAUGAGGAGUGCGUUGGCAAGUGCNUAUGGUUCCUAGAAAAUUUGAAGGUUAAUUUCAAUCUACAAGAGGGUCAAGGGUUUACUAUCAUAUCUGAUAGGCAAAAGGGUUUAUUGAAUGCAGUGGAAAGAGAGUUACCUUAUGUUGAACAUAGAAUGUGUGCUAGACACAUCUACGGGAACCUAAAGAAGAUAUUUCCCCAUCAAGGUGACAUGAAAAAGCUCUUUUGGCAAGUAGCGGAAAGUUAUACCACGAAAGAGUAUGAAGCAAAUUUGGAAUUGGUAAAGAGCUAUGAUAUGCGUGUUUAUGAAGCCAUGAUGGAGAAGAACCCAAAGAAUUGCAGCCUUGCUUUUUUCACGCCAACAUCCUCCUGCGUAGAUGUUCAUAACAACAUCUCUGAAUCUUUCAACAAUGCAAUAGAUCCUGCAAGGUAUAUGCCAAUGGUAGAGAUGUUGGAGACGAUAAGGAGAAGAACCAUGGUGCGUAUUGAUAUGAGGAAGACAAAAGCUGACAAGGAUCUAAGCAGAGUACCUCCUAGAAUAAAAGAAAUGAUAGCGUUGGAGCAGAAAAGGCUUAAGUUCUGCAAGGUUAUCCCUGGAUCAGACGGUAGAAAUGAAGUCCGUGAGUCAGGUACAUCUUACUCUGUGAACAUUACAAUGAAGACAUGUGCCUGCAGGAGAUGGGAAAUGAGUGGAGUUCCAUGUAGGCAUGCAUUACGCAUCAUCGCAGAAAAGAAGCUAAAUCAUGAAGAUUACAUCUCUAGUUGGCUUCUCAAUGGAAGGCAACAACAAAUUUAUAGGGACUCAAUUCGGCCAGUAAAUGGUAUGUGUUUCUGGGAUAACUCCGGUUCUGUGAUAUUGCCACCUCCAAAUCUGGUUGAAGAACUUGAAAACAGAAAAGGAAGAAAGCCAAAGCCAAAAAGGAAGAAAGGGAAGAAUGAGUCUCCAAAAAAGAAAAAGGCUAGUAGAGAGAGGAGAAUCAUGCAUUGUCGUCGUUGCAGUUUAACUGGACACAAUGCAGCUAAAUGUCCAAAUAUGGAAGUGGAGAAGUCUAUGCCACCUAAGAAGAAGAAGAAGACUAAACCAUCGGCAGAUGGAGGAGGACCAAGUCAACCAACACAAGACACAUUUUCAGGAACUUUGGAGAACUUAGGAUCAAGCAUGACAUUUGUGGGUUUGGAAGCUUGAAGUAUGAAGCGGUUUAGGACUAUUUAUUUUUCUCUUUUUGAUGUCAUGGUCUGUUUUUGGGGACAUGUAACAACACAAUGUCUUUUGAUUUCAUAGUCUGCUUUGUGACAUGUACCACAACCAAAUGUCUCGGUCUAUUUUGGAUUCUAUCACAGUUGGAUUGGG